AUGGUUGUGACUUUCAGGAUUAACAUGAGCGGCAUUCAAACCCAAUGUUUUUUGGUUUGCCCUGGUGGCCGCUACCAGUUUCUCACAAGAGGAAGCGUUGUCACCCAACACUUCUUACACUUGGUCAAUAAAACAUUAUGCACACAAUCGCACGCACACGCACCAAUUUGGGAGAGACGCAUUGCCAAUACGCAAUGCAGCGGCGGCAACUCCCUUCACAGCCAUUUCGGCCACAGCACAGAAUCCACCAAGACAUGCCACAGACGCACAUCAAAAGAGAAAGAGUGCUGCCCACGGGAUCUGCAGANCAGUGCCUACAACGUUAGGUUGCUGGCACACAUCUUCUCUGCUCAUGGAAGAGUCCUUCAGAAGGGAGCAGAGCAGUUACCCUAA